CGAGGACAAUGGUGGUAGUGAUUCCUAAAGAUGCUACGAUGCCAGAGCCAUGGCUAUGGCUGCCAGGAAGGACAACAUGACGAUAUUUGGCGAGGAUGCAGUCGAUACAAUCACAGGGGUAGGCGGCGCCGUCGUUGUCGGCGCAAACGUCAGAGGGAUGAUAUUGUUGCAUACCUUGGCCAAAGUGGACGCUGGUGUGCCACCCACCGUGCACGACAGCCCUGCAAAGUACCGCACCGCUUUCGCGCACGGAUCGAUCAAACACAACGGGCGCCAUUCCGCCGCCCCGGUCGGGGACACUUUGACAUUCGCGGCCAGCAAGCAUUGGCGAAGCUGGUCAGGAUAGGCUAAGGGCGUAUCGUCCAGCGAGCAUUCACUGGUCGAGUUGACGGUCACAGCCGGCGACGUUGUCGGUGGGCGGGACGCCAUGUCGUUGUCGCAAUACUUGGCGACGGUGGCGGCGGGGACGCCGCUGAUGGAGCAAUUCAGUGGCGCAAAGAGUUUGGUGUACUGGACGCAAACGUCGUACUUGCAAAAGACUGGAGACGUCGCAGCCGUCAAUGUGGUCACACCAGACACGAGUUGGCACUGCUUGAGAUAUGGGGCAAUGGCUGCCGUAACGUUGGACGAGCACGUUGCGUCGCACACGCCGCCGAGGAUCGAGGCGGGCUCGUUGUUGAGCGUACAGUUCAGCGACCCCAUGCCUCGGACCAAGUUGCGGCAUGGCUCGUAAACACACGAGCGUUGAAACUCUUCCAGGGUAAGAUUCGUCGGGGACAUCUUGGACACGUUGAAGCACGCACUCAGAUCUGAAGCAAGGGGCAACACGUCUGCUCCAUCGCAUUCGCGGCCACUGGCUGCGGCGGUGCAAAUGAUGCAAAAGAUGGCGACUACCGCGGCGAAGAUGCGGUAGCGCAUGAUGUUGUCAGUGUAGUGUCGGAGAGUGUCUGCGGCAGAG